UUUCAAUCGUGCAUAUAACAUACACUCCUCUUCAGUUCCCAUAGUUGUGACACAGAAAAUGCAAAACCAGCAAAAUGGGCGAAUCAGCGCAUAUUUCAGCGCCUCAAAACCACUCCUUCCUCAGAAACGGGCUUCCGAUUCAUCCAUCUCUUCCCCAUACCAAAUCAAGAGUUUAUGCGAUGUUGAUGGUGCCAAGGGUAGGGUUCGAGUUGGGAAGAGAGUUCCUCUUGCAGAAGUUCCGUUAAACAGAUUACAUUCAUCCGGUAAUGGUGGCGAAGCAUCUUCUGAUGUAAUUUGCUGUAGUUCAAGUGCAAGGACUGUUGUUGUUCCUGCUGUUAGUGCGGUGAAGGAGAAUUUGUGUCAAUCGAAUUUUGAAACUCCGAGGAAAGAAUCUGGAGGAUUUGAAUCUGAAUCACUUGAUUACUUUUAUGCUAGUGGAUUAUUGGAUGAUGAUUUUGAUGACUCUAUUUUGGAACAAAUUGAUAUUAUGUGUGAGGAGAAAUCUGCGGUGAAAACAGCUGGGGUGGAGGGGUUAGGUCAUAGUUGUCAUGAGAAAGUCUCGAGUGAGGGUAAUGUAGUUGGUAAUGUGGAUAUGGGAUUGGGAACUAAUGUUUCUAAAGAUAUAGGAAAUGAUGAUUUGAACGAGUCCAUUUUGGAACAAAUUGAUAUUCUCUUUGAGCAGAAAUCUGCGGAGAAAGAAGCUGGGAUGGGGAUAGAACAUAACUGUCGGGAGAGAGUUUCCAGCGAGAGCAGUGUAGUUAGUAAUGUUGACAUGGAUUUGGGAACUAGUGCUUUUCCUAAGGAUAUAGGAAAUGGCGAAAUUGAUGAUUUUGAUGAGUCUAUUUUGGAACAAAUUGAUAUUCUUUGUGAGCAGAAAUCCGCGGUGAAAGCAGCUGGGCAGGGGUUAGAUCAAAGCUGUCAGGAGAAUGUUUCAAGCGAGAGCGGUUUAGUUUGUACUGUUGAUAUGAGUUUGGCAACUAGUGCUGUUUCUGAGGGUAUAGGAAGUGGUGACAUGCUUUGUUUUGGAAUCGAUUUGGAUCAUAAAGAAGAACAUGUGGAUAGUGAGACUACUAGGAAAAGUUUACCGAGUGGAACCAUGCCAGAGGAAUAUUCUAAAUACUUGAAAUCACUAAAUGAAAGGCAAAGAGAAGCAGCUUGCACCGAUGUUUCUACCCCUUUAAUGAUUGUAGCUGGUCCAGGAAGUGGAAAGACAUCCACAAUGGUUGGGCGAGUUUUGAUGCUGCUUAAUGAGGGCAUUAGUCCCUUAAACAUUCUUGCAAUGACAUUUACGGCAGCAGCAGCUGCUGAAAUGAGAAAACGUAUUGGAGCCAUAGCUGGGAAGCAAACGGCAAAAGAACUUACAAUCAGCACUUUUCAUUCAUUUUGCUUGCAACUUUGUCGUUCACAUGCAGAAAAGUUAGGUCGUACAUCUGAAUUCUUAAUAUAUGGUCAGUGGCAACAGCGGAAUGCAAUUAUUGAGGCCACCCGAUUAUUAGAAAAUGAAACAAGUAAACAUAAAAAUGGUGAAUUGUUGAUUGGAGAAGCGUCCGAUGGUCUAAAGACCCCUAAACAGUUCAAGGAUAAGGCAAAGAAAUGGCAAAAUUUUGUGACUCAGGCCAAAGCCUCGGGAAGAACUUCUGCAGAAUAUCGUGAUAUGGGCAAUCAAAUAGGAGCGGAAAUUCUUGAGAAUUACAGUAACAUAUUAAAAUCUUGUAAUGCCGUGGAUUAUCAUGACUUGAUCAGCUACUCUGUGAAAUUACUCACUGAUUUUCCCGAAGUUUUCAGAGAAAGUCAGGAUUCAUGGAAAGCUGUUGUCAUAGAUGAGUUCCAAGAUACUAGUGCCAUGCAAUACAAGCUUCUAAGGAUUCUUGCAUCCCAUAAUAAAAUAACAAUUAUUGGUGACGAUGAUCAGUCCAUUUUCAGUUUCAAUGGAGCUGACAUUUCCGGAUUUAUUUCCUUUCGUAAUGAUUUUCCAAACUACAAAGAGAUUAGGCUCAACAAAAACUAUCGCUCCACACGUUACAUUGUCGAGGCUGCAGCUUCUCUUAUUCAAAAUAAUGCCAAGCGAUGUCAGUUGAAGAAUGUUCUUACUGAUAACUCUUCUGGAUCCAAGAUAAUUAUGAAGGAGUGUCACAAUGAGGAUGCACAAUGUGCAUUCAUUGUUGACAAAAUCUCAGAAAUUUCAUCUAAUCAUUCAGCAGAUAACUGUUCCUAUGGCAACAUUGCAAUUCUCUACCGUAGGCGGGUAUCAGGGAAAGCCUUCCAAAUGGCUUUUCGGGAUAGGAAAAUACCAUUUAACAUUCACGGUGUAGCUUUUUACAGAAAAAAGGUAGUCAAAACUAUCAUCUCUAUGCUUCAAACAGCACUGCCUGGUUGCGACGAUGACUCAUAUAGUCGAGUCUUCAAGGCUUUACUUCCUUUCGAGAAGGAUAUGAAAAAGAGGGUAAUCGACCAUAUUAGCAAAAUUUCAACCAUUAGAAAAUGCAGUUUCUUAUCAGCUGCCUGUGACAUCUUUAGUGCAAAGAUUUCUGGUACUUAUAAAAGGAGUGAUCUUACCCAUGGAAGGAAGGUUUUAACGACAAUAGAGAUCAUAUCAAAACUUGUUCACAGGGAAAAGUCAAUUUCUGCUAUCAUAACUUCUGUAGCGAACAUGAUACCUGAGAAAUACCUUCUUGAGCAACGGGCAAUUGUUGAUGUUGAUGGAGGGACAUUGUUGAAUGAAGAUUGUGACAUCAGAUCUGUUCUUCAAUACCUAUUAGAUGAUAUCUCUGAGUUUUUGUCUACCAAAUUCAUUGAGGUAAGAGGGGAAAAGGAAAUGUCAGAAGAUAAAGGCUGCAUUUUUACGUUAAAAGCAUUCAUUGAUUAUUUAUUUGAGCGCGAGAAAGAAAAUUUUCGUGCUCGGAGGAAGGACAAUGAAAAUUCUGUGACACUGACUACCAUUCAUCAGGCAAAAGGUUUAGAGUGGGACAUUGUCUUCAUAGUUAAGGCAAAUGAAUCUGAGAUCCCUCUAUUACACGAUUUCAAAGGUGUUGUGAAGGACACUGCAGCCAUAGUUGAGGAAGAAAGACGUUUACUAUAUGUUGCAAUGACUCGUGCUCGGCAGAAGCUUUUUAUGCUCUAUGUCAUGGUGGACUCAAAUUGGCAGAUGCUUCAACCUUCACGAUUUCUGAAAGAAAUCCCUCAUCAUCUUCUAGAGUUUCAGGGUGAUAUAAAUAUGCAAGAACUACAAAUAAAGCGAGAAGGCCAUCAAAAGGAAACUACCUGUUGUACCACUGAUUUGUUGAUAAAAAAGCAACAAUCUGAGGCUGAUUUGGACCCUGUGCCAAAUAAUUUGCUCAACAAUCAUUUUAGUGAGGCUUCCAGUGAGCUUGCAGAAUUUGCAGAGGCAAACAACGGCAAUGAUUUCAUAAGAAGAUUCGAUGUAGAAGACAGAUCUGUUGUUUCCCAUAUAUUCCAUAAAUGGGCCAAAAAGAAAGCCUUUCAAGAUCCAAAGAGGUUGCUAGAUAAGGUUGGUUUUGUAAUUGAUGAACGCCUAAGACAGAAGAAGAACAAACACAAGGAUUUGUUGAAUUCUCUAAAGUCCAGCUUAAGCUGUGAUGAAGCAAUGCAGUAUGCUCAAUAUGUUUUGAGAUGGGAGCAAAUCCCUGCUGAUAAACGUGCUCAUCUUAUGAGGGAAAAACAGGAACAUUUCCUGAAAUUAAAGAUUGAGAAUGCAAUGGGUUCGGCAACACCAACUGACAAGCAGAUCUCCUAUUUGAAGAAACUUGGGUGCACCAUGACCCCUACAUCCCGCCUCCACGCUUCUCAUCUUAUUGAGCAAUACAAAUCAUUGUAAUAAGUUGUGAUUUUUUUUUGGUACAAUAAGUUGUGAUUUUCUAUCAUCCACUAAGGUUAAAUUUUGUCAACUUUAUGUUAUGUUACAA